AUGGAAUGCAUUUACGACCUUCGGCAGUGCAUGUGCUGGUUGAUUGUUCCACGCACUUGUGGUUACGGGCCGUUUGGCAGUUUUUGGUUAGAUCGUGCUCUGGGUUGGAGACGAGGAUUUGAGAUUGAAUUGGAACAAAUUUGCAUGAUCCUUUUCUUCGCUUUCCUCUAG